AUGGGUGGCCUGGCCUUGGUGAAGUCCGGCGACGAAGUGCUCAGGCGCCUGGGAAUCACCAAUGAUUUCGAAGCCUCCACCGAUUGGCUCCUAAGGCUCUCAGCCUUGCAUCUCUUUAUUGCAGCCGUGGCUCUCGCGGCUCAGCCACAGGCGGUGAUCAUGGAAGUGGCCUCCAAGCUUCCCAUUGAACGGGCCGAACGCAUCGCCAAGGUCUUUGAGCGUGUGGAUGAAAACCACGAUGGAGGCAUUUCUUUGGAGGAGCUACAGCGACUGUUUGUCAGCAUGGGUCUCAAGGACAAAGCUCUUCAUGCCAAAGCCUUUGAGACGCUUGACAUCAACGGAGACGGCGUUCUCAGCUUCAGCGAGUUCGCUGCCGGUGUCCUGACUGUCUUUUCGGACCUUCUGGAGGAGCGUUUUCUGGAACUCUUCCGCCGCCACGACUUGGACAGCGAUGGCAGGUUAAGCCGGAGCGAGCUGGAGGUUUUCUUGGAAAAGGUACUCCCAUUGGCCAAUCGUUCGGUGCAACAAAGCCCGGACCCCGUGAUCGACAGCCUCGUUGGAAAUCACGACUUGGUGACCUUUGAGGAGCUGAAAGACAAGCUCCUCCCGAAGCGACAAGCGCGACGCAAAUGAUCCGGACGUUUGACAUGUGGACGAAUUCCGGCCGCAAAAAAGAUUGCGGGCUUGUCCACCAGCUCUUGGAGGAUUUUGGUG